CCGCCUACUGUGGCACAUAAACCAAAUUGCGGAUGUGCGCAUUUUUCACAAUAUAGGGAAAAAUGGAGGGGCGCGUCUGUGCUACGCAACUCGCAGAGUCAGAUGAUAACACUUUGAGUAGUACCCCUUUCGCGGCCUCUUUAAACGAUGGUGACAAAUUAAUAAACACUAAAAUAAAAAGUGCCCAGACUAAAGGAAACCCGAGUGACCAGGACUUAAUGAAGGGUCUUCUUUCUGAUGACUACUGCCAUGUGUGUGACACUGUGCUCUUAUUUGAGCCUCACAGACAUUAUGAGGGAGAGAAGCACAACCAGAAAGUGAAGAUGUACCUGGAGAGCCAGAGGGCAGUGGGGACCAUGAGCAAAGACUCAGGAGAACUCAAGAAAGAUGUGCCGACACACAUAGAACUCUUCUGUAAGUUAUGCAACAUGAUGUUCUGCUCCCCGGUGGUGGCAAUGUCCCAUUUCAAAGGCAAGGUCCAUGCGCAAAACCUGCGUAGGCAACCCUUCGAACAAUCCAAAGAGUUGAAUCAGCCGGGCCUACCAACUCAUUCUGGCCAGACGCAGGCUUCAUACAACGUGAAGGCCGCAGUCUGCACCGCAGCAAACCCCGGGCAGGAUCUGAAGGACCCCAAUUACUGCGCACUAUGCUCUGCCCCUUUCAACAACCCCAAGAUGGCACUGCAGCACUACAACGGCCGCAAGCACCAAAGGAACAAAGCCAGGGCGAAGGUGAUGCAAGGCCUCGGAGAGGAUGCCCAGCAAGGUAACCCGAGUGACCAGGACCUAAUGAAGGGUCUUCUUUCUGAUGACUACUGCCAUGUGUGUGACACUGUGCUCUUAUUUGAGCCUCACAGACAUUAUGAGGGAGAGAAGCACAACCAGAAAGUGAAGAUGUACCUGGAGAGCCAGAGGGCAGUGGGGACCAUGAGCAAAGACUCAGGAGAACUCAAGAAAGAUGUGCCGACACACUUAGAACUCUUCUGUAAGUUAUGCAACAUGAUGUUCUGCUCCCCGGUGGUGGCAAUGUCCCAUUUCAAAGGCAAGGUCCAUGCGCAAAACCUGCGUAGGCAACCCUUCGAACAAUCCAAAGAGUUGAAUCAGCCGGGCCUACCAACUCAUUCUGGCCAGACGCAGGCUUCAUACAACGUGAAGGCCGCAGUCUGCACCGCAGCAAACCCCGGGCAGGAUCUGAAGGACCCCAAUUACUGCGCACUAUGCUCUGCCCCUUUCAACAACCCCAUGAUGGCACUGCAGCACUACAACGGCCGCAAGCACCAAAGGAACAAGGCCAGGGCGAAGGUGAUGCAAGGCCUCGGAGAGGAUGCCCAGCAAGCAAGAGGUCUUAUCUGUCAGGUGUGCAAUGCACGGUUCACCUCCAUGGAAAUGUAUCAGGCCCACAUGAAGGGGAACAAGCACCAGGUCAAGGAGAAGAAGGUGAUUGACCUGUGCAAGUCUCAACCAAAGGACUACAGCUCCUUUGCGGAUGAACUGGCCGACUACAUUCAGGUCCAGAAGGCUCGUGGGAUCAACACCCCGGCAGCCAGUCAGCUGACACCCCAGGGAGGCAAACAGAAGGACGGCGACAGCGCCGAAAGGGAUCCAAGGGACAGUGUACAUCACAGAAUAUAUGAACUGAACUGUCCCCCAGUCAUUGAGCCCCCAUCGUCCAAGCCCCUCUUGGGUCCGGGCUACCCGGCUGCUGGCUGGGGUCCUCCUCCAUAUCAGCCCGGUCCCUCCUUCCCUCACCCAGCGCUCUUCCCAAGCACAGGCGCCCGUUACCCCCCGAACCCUAACCGACCGGGGGCACGGAAGAGGCACAGCGAGCAGUCGAGCUCCUCGUCCUACUCCUCAUCGUCGUCCUCCUCCUCGUCAUCCUCCAGCAGUGACAGUGAGGAGGAGAAGAGGAAGGGGAGGAGACACAGGAGCGGGAGGGAAAAGCGGUUACGAGAACGGGACUCUGAGGAGGAGGUUUGGAGGGCGCAGCGACGGAAGAGGGUGAGGCGCAACCCCUCCCAGGAGAGAAGAGGAGGAGGAGGAGAGGAAGGCGGGAUCUCUCACACAGAGAGCAGCAGAAGGGGACGUCGAGAUCCCGUUCGGAGGCGAAGGCCGGAGAGGAGUCACGAGGAGUCUGUGGAGGCUGAAGGAGCAGAAGAGAAAGCGGUGGCUGUGAAAGACGUGAAGGCCAGGAAUCCUUCAGAAAUGCAGAAGGAACUGGUGGCGACGCACCCAGAGGCUCAGAAUACCCCUGAGCAAGCAGAGACACAAAUGGCCGUGCCCCUUAAACCCAAACCCAGGAAGGAGAAGAAGAAACAACGAGGGAUGGAGGACAAGCGGACGGAGGAAGAGAAGCUGUGGGAUGAGUCUAUGGGCCUGUUUUAGACGCCCAACUCUAACUUUUUAUCAAGCCCUCCCAACAAUAACAAUUUGACAAAUUUCAUGAAAAAGUUAUUAAUUUACUACUGUGUAAGAAGAUCCAGAAAGCCUUGUGUUGUCCAAGCAUCCUAGUUGGCUGGCUAGUUAUUUCUAUAAUUUGUAUUAAUUAAUGGAAAACCUUUGCUGUUUUUUUAAUACACCUCUUUUCUUGUCACAAUAAAGCUAUUUUUCUUUAUCAUAUUAGUUUAAGUAUAGUUGAUUGCACUGUACUACUCAUCCGUUUGCAUUUUCUAAUAUAUUAUUGGUUGUAUGUAAUUAAUAUCAUGUCAAAUAUAAGUAUUUG